AUGCUUUUCGUGGCAGGAAUAUCAGUUCUGUCGAUGCUGUAUCGUUGGGCUCGUUCACAGAAGGCUCAAGUGGGCGCCAAUAGAUAUUGUCUUGAGAUCACAAGUCCCCACGUCCAAGCUAUGUUAGACACCCAAGCGACUCGAGUCACAUUCCGGUUACCAAGAGACACCGCUAUCUAUCCCGGUGCUUAUUUUUACAUUUUUAACGAGCGUGAACCCUUUUGGAGACGUUAUCUCGGAAGACCUAUGUCGGUGUAUGAUUGGAAGAGUUCGAAGCUAUCAAGUAACGAGGAUUUUGCUUCUGAGCUUGUCUUUCUUGUCGAGGAUUCCCCAUCUCAAACUCCUCUCCUUCAAAACAACCGGCUAACCAUUGAUGGGCCUUACGGUCAGAAUCUGAGACUAGAAAAGUACGACCAUGUGUUUCUUCUUGCCGAAGGCAUCGGGAUUGCUUCAGUGCUUCCCUUUGCAUCCGCACUCGCACGCAGACGUCUUUAUGAUAACGAAAGGAAAACAUCAGCCGCUAGUGGGCCAAAUGGACGGCUGUACCUUGACAGAACAAGGCGAGUAACACUCUUAUGGGCUAUGGAGCAAAACUCUCAACUAGAAUGGGCCCGGCACGAGAUUGAUCGAUUGAUGAAUCUCGACCCGAAAUCGAAGUUUCUGCACGUCUGGCUAUAUCAACCGACCGAACCAGACCAUCGCCACGUCUUCCCUCGGGUAGCUGAGGUUCAGCCGGAAUUGAAAACAUGUAAAUCGUUUCCCAAGCAUUGCAAGAUCAGUUAUGUGCCAGAAAACCGAUGGUCUGAGGCAUUACGGCAUCAGUUAUCAGGGACCAUGGAGACUGCCCCAGGUACAAAAGCAGUUGCCAGUACGUUAUCUCUAUCAUAA